AUGGCGUACAGCGCGUGUUUCCUACACCAGAGCGCACUGGCCUCCUCCGCCGCACGAUCAUCGUCUUCCUCCUCGUCCCAGCGCUACGUGUCACUCUCCAAACCCGCCCACAUAGUGUGUAAAGCUCAACAGCCUCACGACGAGGAUAACUCCGCUGUCUCUCGCCGUCUCGCUCUCACACUCCUCGUUGGUGCCGCCGCCGUUGGUUCCAAAGUAUCUCCUGCUGACGCCGCCUACGGUGAAGCUGCAAAUGUGUUUGGGAAGCCAAAGACGAACACAGACUUCACGGCAUACACUGGAGAUGGAUUCCAAGUGCAGGUGCCAGCUAAGUGGAACCCAAGCAGGGAGAUCGAGUAUCCAGGACAAGUCCUUAGGUACGAAGACAACUUCGAUGCAACCAGUAAUCUCAAUGUCAUGGUCACUCCUACUGACAAGAAGUCCAUCACUGAUUACGGUUCUCCUGAAGAGUUCCUCUCUCAGGUCAAUUAUCUCCUAGGGAAACAAGCUUACUUCGGUGAGACUGCCUCUGAGGGAGGCUUUGACGCCAAUGCAGUGGCAACAGCAAACAUCCUUGAGACGAAUAUUCAGGAGAUUGGUGGGAAACCGUACUAUUACUUGUCUGUGUUGACAAGAACGGCCGAUGGAGACGAAGGAGGAAAGCAUCAGCUGAUCACAGCCACUGUGAACGGAGGGAAGCUUUAUAUCUGCAAAGCACAAGCUGGAGACAAGAGGUGGUUCAAGGGAGCCAACAAAUUUGUCGAGAAAGCGGCUACUUCUUUCAGUGUUGCUUGA